UGGGUUUAGGGCUAUGGCGGUGGCAGCCGCGGCGCAGUGGUGGGCGGAAAUCCGAAGAAAAGGGCCGGAAUCGUAUGCGUCCGGUAUGACUUUCGAGCUUCCUGAGGCAGGUGUGAGGUCGAUUGCUUUUAGUAACGAGGUCCUGUUUGUGAGGGAAGCUUUUGAUGGGCUCUACAAGGAGAUUCUAACUGUCCUCGAGUCACGCAAGUUCGGUCUGUGUCAUGUGAAUGGGAACUCUGGCGUGGGCAAGUCUGCGUUCCUGUGGUAUUUCAUCAUCCGGACUGGCAUUGAUAGGCCAGAGUCGGUCAUUCUCUACGAGACCGACACUCGCCUGUGGGAGUUUCGCCGUGGCGCUCUUCGGCUGGUGGCCAAAACGGAGUAUUCCUUCGACGAGAUCGAGUCUUCUGAAGUUACCUUCCAUCUGAUCGACCAAAAAAUUUCUCCCGGCCGACCCAUUGGAAACCGAGCUGUUGUUGCUGCCUCGCCAGACGACGAUAACACCAAAAGCAUCAGGAAAGUCCGUCGGACUUACACGCGCUAUCUGCCUCCCUGGGACAAGACAGAGUUCGAUUUGCUUGUCAAGCUGUGGAAGUCGCAGGCGGACAAGUUACCCGGGCCAGAAGCGGACGAGGUAGAUGAAAAGGUAAAGGCUGCCAACUUGGCCUUCUCUUGGUUCGGGGGCAUCCCACGAUUUUUGUGGGAUCGUGAGGACGGAACACUCACAGAGGAAGACUUUCGUUCGGACGUGAUGAAGUGCCUUGCAAACACCAAGCUUAAGAACGUGAGUGUCAUCCUGCAAAACUCAGCGGGUGCUCAGAACGUUUCGUGGAGGCUCUUUCACUUCAACGUGACGCCCGGAACCCGCUUCAGACGUUUCCGCUACACGUUUUGCUCGGAGAAGGUGGCAAGUCUUUAUGCUGAGUAUCUGUGUACAACCAACGUGGAUAAGAUCCGCAGCUUUCUGGAGGCUUCUCAGUCAUUCAGCGAGUACUCAGCGCUGCGAGGUUUCGUUUUCGAGCAGUACGUGGUCAGCCAGGCGUUGGAACACGACAUUAUGGUGAUGCCGAUGGUUGACACUGCUUAUUGCCAGCAUUGUUCCCGCUCGGAUGAUCGAGGCAAGAAUAAGAAGGUCCCCUGGAUUCAGUGCGGGACCUGUCUUAAGUGGUACCAUACCAAAUGCGUCGGCAUCAAAUUCAAGUUUGAUUUUAACUACAAGUGUCGGAACUGCCAAGGUGAGCCAAAUGCUCAGGUUGUUUCCGGCCUUUUGCUACGAUACUAUGAAGGUGAUCUGGAAGACGCUUUACUCGCAGCGGGUGAAGAGGCAAUCAAGUAUCUGUGGAGGCCUCUCAAAAAGAACAAUGCUGUCUUUGAUUUUGUAUUGUUACCACGCACGUUGGGACAGGCUACCGUCGCUCGUACUAAUCACAGACCGGUUCUUGAGGCUACGAUCAAGGCACAGCAGGCUCUCAAAGCCUGGAGAGACGAGUUCUAUCAGGAUAACAACAACGAUGACACUCUACUGGCUUUUUUCGUACCACCGGAUUCUUACUCCAAUUUCAAGUUCCAGCCAUACCGUUCAUCUGGAAAGGUUGCUCAGAAAGCUGUCAAAGGGAUCGUACAGUGUAAGGUCGCCGUUCCAGUAUCUGGUAGUCCUUAUGUAGCGAAGGUUGCACCCAACGACAUGGAUGCUGUUUCUCUAGAUCCGAACUUGCCGGAGACUUGGGAGGAGGCUCUGGGCUGCAUAGAAUGCUCGGAGGAUAUUGUCGAACAACCGGAGAAGUCUCUCGAGCAGGAAAAAGUCAGAUAUUGCAGGCAGAACUUGGCUUUUGAUGGAGAUGAGUUGGAUGCUCUGGAAGCGAUCUGCAACCUUGCAGAUGGUAGGCAGAAGCGCAAGCGUUUGCAGGCAUUGUGCAAGAUGUACAAGAUUGCGGCCAAUACCACCAACCAAGAGAUGCUGGCUUGUCUCGAAGCAGAGCGUGAAAGACUAGAUGAUAUGGAAGUGGAUUAAUAAAUUAGUUUGCUUUUUCAUUUUU